UCUGUUCGGUCUGUACUGGCAACCUCAGUCAAGAUUCUCCCAUACAGACCUCCCACUUGGUUAAUAAGAACUAAGUGUAAACCCUUAUUGACAUUGUAAGGAAUAUUACAUAUUGGGCACUGCAGAGAGUGAGUUAUUUUGAAGCAUAUUAUUUUCUACAAACUGUUAGAUGGACUUACAUAAUCUGCAUAGCAAGUAAUAUUUGUUUGAGUGAGAAAUCCUUUUAGCAUUUUAAGCACUUAAUUUAAGAAUGUUAUUUUAGUCCACAAGGUAAAUAUUCCAUGUUUGCCCAAUUUUUAGUUUUUAACGAUUUUGCAUUUAAAUUAACUGUAUAUUUACCACCCCACCGUCUAUAGAAGGGUUACUUUAAGUUUGAAGUGUUAUGUGCUUAACAGCCAGCAGAAAGGUUGGGAUCAAUUAAAACAGUUAUGUACUUUGGUUGUAAAGUUGUAUUAAACAUGACACUUUCCCUUAGUUGAUGUUUGCAGUUGGAACAUUGGAUUUUACAUAUAGUUUCACCAAUUUUUCUCUCAAAUGCAGCAUUAUUUUUUCCUUUCUUUUAAAAACAUGCCAUCUGUUCCUACCUAUCUUCCCUUCCUUCCUACUGAACAAACCAUUAUGUUUUGUUUUCUGUGGGACUCAGAGGAAAGGGCAUUUGUAGGUGUGACUUUUUUACCUUGAAAGAAGGACCUGAUGAGAACUUGUAUCCCAAGAAGGGAAUUUGUAGCUAUACUUCAGCUAUUUUCUUAAUUUGCACCCUCAGACAAGACAGUCAGCUUAUCCACCCUUAUCACAGGGUCAUUCUGUCUCUCAACCUAGUGGGCAGAACAAAAAUUAAAUUUUGGGGUGCCAUCAAUGGUGAAAUAAGGGCACUAAUGUAAUUAAAUUCCUACACCACUUCUCUGGUGGUGUCAAUGAAUGAAAAAAACACAUCUUGAUUUAAAAAGGACAGAGCUCAGGGGAUGUUUUAGUCUUCAAUAAUGACGAUCUUUCUCUUUGUUUCGUUAUUGUUGUUCUUAUUUUGUUGCUGUAAACCACCCUAUGACAUUCCCCCUCCCCACUCCCCUUGUGGGUUGUCGGGCCGCCCCAGUGCCUUGUCGGUGAAAGGUACAAAAUGGCUGCCAAGGAUGGCGGACUGGUGUUUGAAGAAACCAGCAAGUUUAAAAACUCCGAGGAACACUUUUUACCGCCUGGUUGGGAGAUAAGAACAAUGGACGAUGGGAGGAUCUACUAUGCUAAUCACUUGACAAAAUCAACACAGUGGGAGCAUCCAACGUCGGGGAAAAGAUACAAAGUCUGUGGAGAUCUUCCACAAGGUUGGCAAAAAUUAUAUGACAGUAAAGGAAGUGUUUUCUUUUUUGAUUCUGUGAAUAGGGUUACCACUUACAUUGACCCAAGAAUAGCCUUGAAUUUCACCAAGAGCAAAAAAAAUUCAAAAAAGUUGGACAGUCACUCUACAGCCAUGCAUGUGUUGAAUGGAGAAGACUUGAGUGGAAAGGUUGCCAUGGUGACAGGAGCCAACAGUGGCAUAGGUUUUGAGACUGCCAAGGCUCUGGCACUUCAUGGAGCACAUGUGAUUUUAGCUUGCAGGAACAUGAACAAAGCAAACAGAGCGGCAGCUAUGAUCAGACAAGCACAGGCACAAGGUGCAGCCACUGUUGUGUACUGUGCUACAUCAAAAGAACUCAAUAAAGUGGGAGGACACUAUUUUAAUAACUGUAAUGUGUGCAAGCCAUCAGAUGAAGCUAAGAAUCCUGAAACAGCUGCCAAGCUUUGGAAGCUGAGUGAAAGGCUUGUCAGGCAAAUAAUGUUAAAUGAUACACAAGUUGUGGACUUAUAGUUAAAAGUUGGUCAAGUCUGACUUGUAGGGGCGUAGGCCAUGGUGAAAGCUGUACAAUGUAAGCUGCCAUGACAUUGGCAAUACACUGUACAUGUCCAGAAUUCUAAAGAGCAAUGGUUUCAUGUGAAAGCACACUUGUUGCGGAGAGAGACAAUAAUAGAAAAUCCUAAUUUAAUUUAAUAUAAUUUCUCAGAUGGUCUUAGAAAUAUGCUGUUAAUGGCUGCUGGAGACUUCAUUGAUGUAUCUUUCCACAAUAACCAGAUGAGAUAGCAAUACAAAAGCACUACAUGUAAUUUUUCAAAAUGGGCAUUCCACAAUUUUUUGACAGUUUUUGACAAUGAAAGCAAAGGAAAAUGUGGUUAUUUGGUUCAUCAACCAAAAUUUUAUUGUACUACUCUUCUCAGGCUCAGUAAAUAUUGACAAGUGAUCACUUAGCUCCUUAACAAAUGAUAACUGUAAAAUAUAUUUUUUAACUAAUAAAUAUUUUAUUAUGAGCAGCACAUCAAAGGGACAAGAUGAACCUUAAAAAAAAUAAACAGGACAAAGUGAAUCAACAUUCAUUAGUCACUGUUUAAGGUGCAAGUCAUAAAAAUUGCCAUGCAAUUGUUAACUGUGUGAGUUUUGAACUCUACUGUUAAUUUUAAUUGGCUAUAGUUGCAAAUUAUUGACAUUUAGACAUAAGUAUGCCACAUAAUGGUAGAAUGUUUCUUAUUGAAAAUCAAACACCAGGAACAAUAGUAUUGUUGUACCAUAUUUAUUGUAAAGAAAACAGAUAUUUAAUAAUUAAAACCUUUUAUUUUAUAGAA